AUGGCCUCGCGGCUUUGCCUAGGGUCCCCGCGCGUCCCCAGCAGGGCGGCCCGCCGGCCGCUCCCCAGCCGUGACCCACGCGUGACGCACUGUCCACGCUUCUCUCAGCUGCGCGCAGGCCCAGACCUGUGCAGCGAGGUCCACCUGCGAGGUCUUGCCAGCCGUUGGAAAAUCUCCUGGGAGGAUGCGGUGGGCGGGGAGGGUCGGCUGCAGGAGCGGUCCGCUGAACUCCGAGCAGCUGUGUUUUUAGCGCUAGAAGAGCAAGAGAAAGUAGAGAACAAAACUCCUUUAGUCAAUGAGAGCCUGAAAAAGUUUUUAAAUACGAAAGAUGGUCGUUUAGUGGCUAGUCUUGUUGCAGAAUUUCUUCAGUUUUUUAACCUUGACUUUACCUUGGCUGUUUUUCAACCUGAAACUAGCACAUUUCAAGGUCUUGAAGGCCGAGAGAAUUUAGCCCGAGAUUUAGGUAUUAUUGAAGCAGAAGGUACUGUGGGUGGACCCUUAUUAUUAGAAGUGAUCAGACGCUGUCAACAGAAGGAAAAAGGCCUAGCCACUGGGGAAGGUGCACUAGGUCUGUCUGAUGUGCAUUCUCCACCACGGUCACCAGAAGGAAAGUCAAGUGCACACACUGUACCAAGUAAGAUACCAAGGUAUAAAGGACAAGGUAAGAAGAAGACAAGCGGGCAGAAGUCUGGUGACAAGAAGGCCAACAAUGAGACCAGUCAGAGUGAUCCGAGUGUCUCUUCGUCAGGAUCCAAGAGCAAAAAUAGUCUUCACUUCUUGACCCAUGAAACAAAAAUGGGAUCUUUCCUAAGCAACAAAGCUUUAGAUGUCAAAGAGAAAGCCGGCCUUUGUCCAGAUGAAGAUGAUGUGGAGGGGGAUUCUUUCUUUGAUGAUCCCAUUCCUAAACCAGAAAAAACUUGUAGUUGGAGAAAUGAGCCUCGAAAGCAGGCGGGAAGCUUGGCCCCGCUCUCAGAUGCACCCCCCUUGAAGAGUGGACUUAGCUCCCUGGCGGGAGCCCCCUCAUUAACAGACUCUGAGAGUAAAAGGGCAAACACAGUUUUGAAAGAUCUGAAAUUGGUCAAUGAUAAGAUCGGAUCACUUGGAUUAGGAACUGGGGAAGAAGAUGACUAUGUUGAUGAUUUUAAUAGUACCAGCCAUCGCUCAGAGAAAAGUGAGAUAAGUAUUGGUGAAGAGAUUGAAGAAGACUUUUCUGUGGAAAUAGAUGACAUCAAUACCAGUGACAAACUCGAUGACCUUACACAAGACCUGACUGUGUCCCAGCUAAGUGAUGCUGCAGAUUAUCUGGAAGAUGUUGCCUAGACAUGAAGAGGGAAGGAAGUAUUCGCACAGAGGACAAAGGACUGCCUGUUCCAUCUUUUUCCAGACAAAUGCUCUUGGCCGGAAUGUCUGCUCCCUAUUGAUUGGUGCCUCGUGUUUCAAAAAAACUGCAUAUAUUUUUUUAAAAUUAACUUUUCAUUUUACUAAACAAAAUACUUCCUAUUUGAGCCAUGUGUGGAAGAUUUACUAUUGUUAAUUUGGUUUAGCUUUACAUUUCUUUAUGGAAAUUGGUGAUCUACGCUCAAGUUCAUUGGAGGGAGGGAGCCUGUGAAAACAUCAGUGUGAAGAGCAUGACAAAAGGUGUCAGUAUAGCCAUAGGUUUGUCCAACUCUGUGUGUGUGGCUGCUAGUACACAUGACCUUUGAAAACCAUGACUUGAGCCAUCUGGAAUUGAAGCUUACCCACUGCAGUGUAUUUUGAUGUGAGGUGGUUCUAUACGCAGUCGGCAGAUGACCUAAUGAAUUGUAAUACUGAAACCUGUAAAUGUGAGUUAAGCUUGAUGUGUCAACUUUGCUUUGUAUUUCCUUCUAUUUGGAAGGUUUCUUAGACUGUUGAAGUUACAUUGAAGUACUCUUGUGUGUGCUAUUUAGUUUUGCUUGUUUUAAAUAAGUCUGGAAGUGGUUGUGACUUAACUCAUAGACUUGUCAGUAACAGGUUACGUUUGUGGUCACCACUCCUCCUGUGUCCAUGUAAGCAGCUCUAGUCACAGAUUCUCUUCCUUAUAAUUUAUUCUUUGUAAAGAGUCCUUGAAACAUUAAAUACCAAAAUGCAUCUGAAACCAUUAUGCAGUGCUUUUAUUUCAGAUCUGUAAGUUAAUUAUAUUAAAAUCCAAAUUGGAAUGAAGUAGUAGUAAUGGCCUAAGACCAUAUUCAGUUUCACAAGCUUUGUAUACUGUACAUAAUUUCAUUGUGACCCUUUGAAAACAGAGCCAUGGUAGAAUUUCCAGCAGUCUCAUACGUGCUGUGAAGUGUGUGCGCCUAUGUACGUCACUGACGUAUUUAAAUGUGCAAGCAGGACAAAAGGGAGUGGAAGUGACGGUGUAUAUUCAUAGGGAUGUGGGUAGUGCUGUGGUUGCAUUAAGUUUUUGUACUUUUUAUUUCAGUUAAAUUAAGGAUUUUUAUUAAAUGUUACCUUUAUUAAUAAAAGGAGCGAACCAUGACUGGUAAGCAGACUCCAUGGUUUGCAUAAUUCCAAAUUUUCAUUUCAUAUUAGCCUAGGUAUUACAAAAAUAUUUUGAGGGCCCUAAAAUGCAGAGGAAAUGAAAAUUUAAGGAUUAAGGUGAUGUGGUAGCAUCUGGCUUUUUAAGAUUUAAUUGAAGCUAUGCUCUAGACAUGACGAGGGAGGAUGUCCAGCAGGUCCGGCAGCUUCCUCUGUUCCGCUCUCAGUCUGUGGGUGCCAUCUCCAUCUCACCUGACCUCAGCACAUCUGUCCAUUGGCAGCACCGUGGGAAGCCAUCUUGUGACUGAAAGUCCCCAACGUGCUGCUCAUCAGUGCAUUUCUUCAUCUGUCAUCUCUGUCAACAGCCCCGUUCCAGAAGCACUGUAGACUUGCUCUGGCCCUCUGGAAUCUGGAUCCCAUGUGUGAUUUAUUUCAGUGAAAUAGUUUGAAAUCAGCAUAGCGGGGUAUGGCUUUUUAAUUUGUGGAAAACUUGUGAAUGGUAGCACCUGGAAUUUGACACUUUUCUAUUAGAGAAUCAGACCUUGUGAUGAUAUUUGGAAGGUGGGGAGAAAAGCACCCAGUAGGAAACUUCAUCAUCAGUGCUACGUGUAUCUUAUGAAUAAUUAAAUGACUUUAACUGUGAACAUGUUUCCACAUGUGCUUCUUGAUUAGGUAUUAUCAACCUGUUCAGCUUCAAGGUGUGAAGUGACAGGUUUUGCAUGUGAUGAGUGUUUUUUCUUAAAAAUAAAUAUUGAGAUAUUAGCCCAUGAAACACAUUUUAAUGGUGUCCUGUGUGCUAAAGUGGAACUCCUAAAGUGCUCAUUUUAUUGAUGGUAACCGCAAAUUAAUAAAAAGCAUUUGUUCUUUGUA